AUGUCGACCCUCACCCCCUCGGACCUGACCGCGAUCCGCGCCCAAUUUCCGGCGCUGCAAAACUCGCCGGACUACGUCUUCGCUGAAAACGCCGGUGGCUCUCAGGUCCUCUCUUCCGUCGCCCACUCCAUCAGCAACUAUUUGCUCAGCACAAACGUGCAAAUGGGUGCGUACCCGCUGGCGCAGGUUGCAGCGGCCAAAGUUGCACGGGGCACCUGCGCCGCCGCAGCGCUGCUGGGAGCGGAGAGCCCGGACAACGUCAUGAUUGGUCAGAGUGCUACGUCGCUCGUUGCCUCCCUGGCGGGGAUGUUGCAGCAAAAGGGCGUGUGGAGUGACGGGGAGAUGGUGAUCAGCGAUGCGGAUCACGAGACGAAUCGUGGAGCUUGGACCCGUCUCGCCAAGAACCUCGGAUUGGUAUUGCGCGAUUGGCCGGUGACACCCCUUCCUUCGGCCGCGUCGCCAUUCGAAGUGACGCUCGAUCCUGCGCUUCUCAAAGGGCUCUUGAGUCCAAAGACGAGGUUGGUAGCAUUUACUGCUUGCAGCAACCUCCUCGGCGCAUACACGGACAUCCCUGCGGCCGUGCAGGUGAUCCGCUCCAUCGCACCCGAAGCACUCAUCGUCGUCGACUGCGUCGCAUUCGCCCCGCACCGUCGACUCAAUCCAACCCACUGGGGGGUGGACAUCGCCUUCUUCAGCCUCUACAAGACCUACGGCGCCCACGUCGGCGCUAUGCACCUCUCCAACCGCGUCAAGACGCACUAUGCCGCAAAGAUGAACCAUUUCUUCCUGCACGAGGGCAACGCCAUGUACACGUGGCAGACGAGCAGUGUGCAGUACGAGCUGAAUGCGAGUAUUGCUGCUGUUGCGGACUAUGUGGUUGCGGUGGGACGGGGGAGGGUGGGGAGGGGGGAGGAGGUGGAUUGGACAGGUGUGUUCGAGCCGACUUCGGGGACGGGUAUUUACACCAGUGGUGAUUCGACACCCGCUCCUUUGGCACGGAGUGGUCUGGUGAAGUUGACGAGGGAGGAAGUCGAUACAGCGCUGGACGCAGCGUUCGCCAAGAUCGCUGCUCACGAAGACACUCUACUCACCGCUCUCCUUCCCGCACUGCUGCGAUUCACCGGCAGAGGGCUACGCAUCGUCGGCCCGACCUCCCAUUCCUCUGCCGACCGAGCUCCCACCGUGGCAUUCGUCAUCAUCGACCCUACCACGGGCAACCACCGCGUCGGGACCAGUCAACAAAUCCAUCAAGCCCUAGUCAAGGACGGACAAAUGGGCGCCCAACAGGGUCACAUGUACGCGCACAAGCUUGUGUCCUCUCUGGGACUGGAUCUGGGCGAUGGAGUGGUGAGGGUGAGCUUUGUGCACUACAACACCGUGGAGGAGGUGGAGCGGGUGGUGGGGUUGGUGGAGAAGGUGCUAGAGCAGGUGCUGUAG